AUGGCCGAGGUAUUAGAUGAAGCAGAAGCAUUCAUACAUGCGACAGAGACAUGCAGUGUGUCAAAGGACUCCAAGACAGGAGAGACAGGUACCAGGUUUGACUGGGAGCGUCCAUUUCCCAUGAAGUCAUCUAUAGAAAUUCGGGACCCAAAAUUAUUUUGUCAAUUCCAUGAGGAAUUGGGCCAUGACACAAGGGACUAUAGGAGCUUAAAGAGAGCCUUGGGCGGAUUGGCGGCGAAGGGGCAUUUGAAGAGUUACUUACAGAAAAGUACGCGCGGCACUUGGAAGAACUUCUAUAAGGAGAACAAUUCCCCUACUCCCGCCAUAGAUGGCAACCAAACCGAUGGUGGGUUUGCAGCAGUAAUCUCACGUGGACCGACCUUGGGAGGACCAACUAUAAGAGGACAUAAAGAUUAUGCUAGACGUCUAGGGCAAGUAAUGCUCUCAGGAAAAUCACAUAUGGAUCCAUUCCUAAAAGUUGAAAUCUGCGAGUCCGACCAGGGGAAGAUAGCUACUCCGCAUGAUGAUCCGUUGGUUAUAGAAGUAAAAUUUUCCAAUUUACGGGUCCAUCAGAGAUUGGUAGAUAAUGGAAGCUCGUCCGAAUUAUGA